AUGUCGACGAAGGAUAACGUCGAGUACAGAUUUACGCCGACUCAGGAUUGGUUCUCCGUCAACGUCGACAGCUGGCGCUUGCUCUUUCCGCUUGUCGAGUCAAAGAGUCCUCGCGUGCUGGAGGUCGGGUCAUGGGAGGGACGCUCUGCUGUUUUUCUCUUGACGGAGCUGUGCACCAACAGCGGCGACAUCACCUGUAUCGAUCACUUCGAUCUCAUGAGCACCGAGGCGGGUCGCGAGCGCUAUACCAAUAUCACCCACAAUCUUUCCAUCACUGGCAAACCGUUUCGCGUCAUCGACGAAUUCAGCAUCCCCGGCCUAAUGAGGCUGUUGGAGGAAGAGACUACCUCUCCGGAUGCCGGGUACGACUGGAUAUACGUAGAUGGAUCGCAUGAGGCGGACGACACUUUCCUCGAUGGCGAACUCUGCUGGCGACUCGCGAGGAAAGGUGCAAUCAUUAUCUUCGAUGACUACCACUGGGACACAGAGCCGGAGGAGAGCAUCCACCAUCCCAAACGAGGCAUCGACUCUUUCAUGACCUUGCAUUCCGGGGAGUUUGAGGUGCUGUCGAGCCCGACGCAGUAUCAGAUGAUCCUGCGAAAGACCUCUUCAAUGCGUAUUGGCUUCCUUGUGAAAGAUAAGGCUCACCAGAACAUUGGCGAGGCUUUCGGCUAUGGGAUGAACAUUGCCAUCGCUACCGACCCCGCAUACGCAAUGGCUGCAGCCGUCGCCAUCCACAGCGUCAUCGCCCACACCAAGAGUCGUCUCACCAUCUACGUCCUUGACCUCGGCCUUGGGGACAACGAUCGAGACAAGCUUCGUCGUUCCAUGCCGAGGAGAGCGGAUGCGACCAUGGUCUUCAUACCACUUGACUACGCUUCUGAGCGCAAGGAGAAGGCGACUUGGGCCAAGAUCGACAUGAUCGACGUCCUACCUGUCGAACGAGUCCUCUACUUGGACGCCGACGUAUUAGUGCGCGCAGACAUAUGGGGGUUAUGGUCAACAGACCUAAGGGGGAAACCGAUAGGUGCGGCGAUCGACGUUGGCUUUCCAGAGGGCCACAGUGGUACCGUCCGAAAGCCGUACUUCAACGCCGGGGUCCUUCUCUUGGAUUUAGCCGCCGUCAGACGCACCCUACAAGCCUUACAGGGCGCUGCUCGCGAGUAUACGACCAGCCGUUUCCGCGACCAAGAUCUCCUGAACGCGUAUUUUGAGGCAAAUUGGGCGGAGGUGUCCCUGAAGUGGAAUGCUCAAGGUAUCGCGACAUACGCCGAGCUCCCUACAGAGGCCCGCCAGAAUAUAGACAUGGGUCUACUGAAAAACCCAUACAUUGUCCAUUUUACAGGACCAGUCAAUCCGACGCUGGAAGUGGUGCUGAACCCGUAUGUUCAGCCAUACACGGCAAAGCCGUGGGGAUACGCCGGGGCGCCUGGUCACCCUCAUGGAGAGGAGUGGUGGAACGUUGUAGAACAGACGGCAUGGAAGGGAUGGAGAGCGUCCGAAGAGUACAGAAUGCUCUGUGCAUCUGAGAAGGAACGGGCGAUCCGGGCUGCGGUCGACAAGUUUGAGCAGACGGUGGAGCAGAGACUGGAAGUUUGA